ACUCAUUCUCUCAGUUUUCAAAUCCCUUCCUGUUUCACCAUGGCUGGUCUCAAUCCUCAUGUGCCUCUGAAUCUUGCACAAGCUGCAAUCUUCACUGGGAAAGGGUUCAACAGUCCUGAAGACUAUAAUCGGUAUCUUCUCAAAUUUCAGGAUCGUCCCUUAUGUCCAUCUGUAGCUCUUGAUCCUGUCAGAUUCAAUAGGUAUGAUAUGGACAUACCUAGGCUGAUCAAUGAUGUAGGAUGGUCUGAUUUGCCUCUCGAUCAAUGCUACAGUUUUCGUCCUGAAGCAGUUCGCAUGUUUUAUGCAAACAUGAGACCCUGUUUUAACACCGAUCCUCCUACCUUUACAACCACAGUCUACAACUAUCUGCUCACCAUCUCAGUUGACCUACUGUCAUAUCUGCUUGGGUACCCCAUCCAAGGAGCUGAAGUUGUGGAUGAAGUUGAUUUUGCAGCGGUAGAUUUCAAUGAGAAUGAGGCUAUGCAUCUCUAUGCGAGGGAUAUUGGAGCAUAUCAUCCCACCAGAUUCGAUGCUAGGCGUCUGCCUGAUGAUCUAAAGAUACUGCAUUUCUACAUCACUCGAGUUUUCCUUCCUCGUUCUCACGGGCUUACUCGCAUCUACCCCAUGGAUAUGUGGAUCCUGGCUAGUGCCAAAGAAAACAGAUGCAUCAGUUAUCCUCAUCUUAUGAUGGGCCACAUGAUGCAGUAUUGUGAUGACUACUAUCACGAUGAACUGCCCUUUGCGCCUCAAAUCACUCUGCUUAUGCGUUCCUUGGGUCUUGAUCUGCGUUUCAAGGUUGCUCGGGUUGAUCUUGAUGACUCUCUUAGGGCUCAGUUCGUUCUUCGUAAGGUUCAUGCCCUUGUCGGUCGUCGUCGACCUAGGGUCAAUGCUUCAGGGGGAGUAAUUGUUGGCUCUGUCGUUCCUACUGAAGCUGCUGAAGGUGCACCUGAGGAAGGCCUAAGUCUUGCUGAUCUGGUGGAAGGAAUACCUGAAGAAGAAAAAGGAGCAGAGGAGGCACCUGAAGAAGGAGGAGCUGAGGAGGCUAUGUCUGAUAUCUCAGAUUAUCUGUUCUCACCUGAUUAUCCUUUCUGAAGGAGUCUUAAGAUGUUUGUCUAAGGGGGAGUAAGAUAGCUUAGUUAUCGCAUAUCGUCUAAGUAAGAGUCAGGGGUUACAAACCUGCAGUAUGGGCAGGGUUGUUCGAAUAAAGCUCUGUUGAUCAGAGCAAGUGAGUCGUCUCUCAAUAAAACUCUGUCUAAGAGUUUCGGUGUCCUGGUUCUAAAGUCGUGUCAUUGUAGUGUAACUGGUUGCUUUUUGAAAUAAAAUUACUCCACUUAA